UUGUAGUUUUGUAUGUUGUAAAUAAACAUCUGUGCACAUCGUACUAAGUCGCGCGGCUCAGUCACUGACUGAUUCGUCGAUGUUUUUCCUAAGUUAUCUAUUCAGUAUCCAUAGAACGUUGUAGAAUUCGUAGGGGUUAAGUGUCGAUCUUAUUGUUGACGUUGAAUUCCAAGUUUUAAAAAGCCUUAGAGCUGUAGUCAAAAUGUUACAGUUCAUUCAGCAAAAUAUGGUGGAGCCAAUGCAGGUCGAUGCACCACCCGAGGAUAAUGACAACACCGAGGAGGAUCCCUUUAUCGUGGAAAAUCCUACACUGGAUUUAGAAGUUUAUGCUAACAGUUAUACAGGACUUGCUAGGUUGUUUCGACUAAUAUACAUUGCUGAUCAUUGUCCAUCAUUAAGGAUCGAAGCUCUUAAAAUGGCCAUUAACUAUGUUAUGGCAACAUAUAACGUUUCUAUGUAUACAACUCUGCACAAAAAACUUGCUCAAGCUGUAAGUGCUCCAGUUUUACCAGAUGUAGCAGUUCAAUCUACGUCUCAAGAUAUACCAACAAUUGAUCAAGCUUGGGUAGAUUCACGUUCUAAAAAAGCUGCUAUGAAGUUAGAGAAAUUUGAUACUGACCUCAAAAAUUAUAAAAGUAAUUCAAUUAAAGAGAGCAUCAGGAGAGGUCAUGAUGAUUUGGGAGAUCAUUACUUGGAUUGUGGCGAUUUAGUUAAUGCACUCAGGUGUUAUUCUAGAGCUAGAGAUUAUUGCACAUCUGGAAAACACGUUGUCAAUAUGUGUUGGAAUGUACUCAAAGUGUCAAUAUACAUACAAAAUUGGACACAUGUCUUGAGUUAUGUUACCAAAGCUCAAAAUACACCAGACUUUCCAGACUUGCAAGGAAAAGAAAAUAAUAUGGGUAUAAUAACAAAGUUGAAAGUUGCUGCUGGAUUAGCUGAAUUAGCCACUAGAAAAUAUAAAACUGCAGCUAAACUAUUCCUGCAAGCAUCUCUUGACCAUUGUGAUUUUCCAGAAAUUUUAUCUCCUGGUAAUGUAGCUUUAUAUGGAGGACUGUGCGCUCUAGCUACUUUUGAUCGGUUUGAACUUCAAAAACAAGUUAUAUUCAGUGGGUCAUUCAAAUUAUUUUUGGAAUUAGAACCACAAUUGAGAGACAUCAUUUUUAAGUUUUAUGAAUCAAAAUAUGCAUCUUGUUUAAAACUCCUUGAUGAAAUUAAGGAUAAUAUUUUGUUGGAUAUGUAUAUUGCACCACAUGUCAAUAUGUUGUACACUCAAAUACGUAAUAGAGCUUUGAUACAAUAUUUUAGUCCAUAUUUGAGCGCUGACAUGAGACGCAUGGCAACUGCAUUUAAUCGUACUGUGCCUGCUCUUGAAGAUGAACUUAUGCAAUUGAUCCUUGAAGGUCAAAUUCAAGCUCGUAUUGAUUCUCAUAAUAAGAUUUUGUACGCCAAAGAUGUGGAUCAGCGUAGCACAACUUUUGAAAAGUCCAUUUUGCUUGGUAAAGAAUAUAGACGACGUACAAGAAUGUUGAUUUUAAGAGCAGCUAUGCUGAAACAUAAUGUUCAAGUCAAGUGUCCAACAGUAAAUAGUAACCUAAAUUCCGAUAUGUCAAUAGGAUCUGGCUCAAGUUCACAUUCAUUACCAAGAAAUUAAUAUGAUUGCCUAGAGAGCAGUUUUAAAAAGAAAAAUGCACCGUUGCUGAAAAUAAACGGAUACUUAUAUUGUCAUGUUUGACUGAACAACAAUGCAAGAAGACUAUACAAGAAGUUCAAUCACUCAUGUAUAUAAAAUGUAAAGGUCUCUUGUAAUGAUGAAAAAUCGUUUAAAAUGAAAACUUGAUUUAACAAAAUUUGCCGUCUGUACAACAAGACCAUAUUUUAUUAGCUUUUCUCAUUGAAAACAAAUUUUUUGUACAACUUUCUAUGUAGUAUUUGAAAUUGAAUUAUUACAGUUUAUUAUAAUCUUAAAAUAUGUUACGACUUUAUAUCUAACCGAAUCAGUUGAGAAUAAAUGCAUUUUAAUAGUUAA